AUGCGAAGCGGGGCGCUAGCGGCAAUGGAGGCCGAGCCUGACCUCAGCACCUUCGAGAACAAAUCAGGGCUGGCUGAGGACAUGAAGUUCCUCGCCUCCAUGCCCGAACUCUGUGACGUCACCUUCCUGGUUGGGGACACCAGGGAGCCGGUAUGUGCUGUUAAAGCCGUACUGGCAGCCCGGAGCAGGGUGUUCCAAAAGAUGCUUUACCAAGCUCCAAGCCCCCAACGCAAGAAGGAACCGGCUCCAAGGGAGAAUAAACUGCGACUCUUCUUAAAAAGAUCUUCAGAACCACUUCUUAAUCUCCAGAAUGCUGCUCAACAGAGGUCGACUUUCGCGCAGCAAUUGGCACCAAUACAAGAGCCAUCUUCGCAGCAACAUCAAACUUUGAUCAUUGAAGAAUUUGAGCCUGACGUAUUUCGUCAACUGAUCGAGUACAUUCACACUGGAUGCGUGACACUCCAACCAAGAACACUGCUCGGAGUAAUGAAUGCUGCUGACUACUACGGCCUGGAUGAGCUACGGCGCGCAUGCGCGGGUUUCGUACAAUGCUGCAUCACCGUCGACACCGUUUGCGCCCUGCUUGCUUCAGCUGAGAGAUACAUACAGUACAAGUGUACCAAGUCUCUUGUACAGAAGGUAUUGGAAUUUGUAGACGAGCAUGGUAACGAAGUGCUGAAUCUUGGAUCUUUCACGCUGCUGCCCCAACACGUGGUGAGGCUGAUACUGGCGCGAGAUGAAUUAAGAGCUGAUGAAUUUACAAAAUUCCAGGCUGCUUUAAUGUGGAGCAAAAAGUAUUGCGACACCAACCAGAACAUGAAUUUGAAAGAAGUGAUUGGAAACUUCUUGGAGUACAUCCAGUUCCACAAGAUCCCCGCUAACGUGCUGAUGAGAGAAGUUCACCCCCUCGGCCUGGUACCAUACUCCAUCAUAAUGAACGCGCUGGCAUACCAGGCAGACCCGGCCAGCGUAGAUCCAGGCAAACUCUCUCCAGCGCGAGUCCGACGCGCUGGUCGCUCCAUGUCCGUGCAGUCUUCGCUCGAUCCCUAUGGAUCCAACACCACCCUCUCCUCCACCGGCUCGAGCGAUGUUCCGUCGUCAGACUCUCGGCACAACUAA